AACGUUUCUAUUGUCCAUAGACUCUGGAAAAUUUGGCUCGAGCUAUAUCUUCUCUUAUCUUUUUUGCUUCUUUUUUUCCCCAGUACUCGAAUAACCGUUUCAGAGAACUGAACCAAACAUGAGUGCUUUGCUUAAUAGCCCUGCGCCAAUGGAGGAUCAAGCGAGGCUACUCGAUGAAGUCUUGAACAACGUUAAAGUGCAGUCGCACCAUAUGCGCAAGUGCUUGGAAAACAACAAACUGAUGGAUGGCUUGAAGCACUGCUCGAAUAUGCUUGCGGAAUUGCGCACAUCCUCGCUGACCCCGAAAAACUACUAUGAAUUAUAUAUGGCUGUUUUCGAUGCCCUUCGUCAUUUGUCCAUCUACCUGACCGAAGCACAUACAUCGGGACGUCAUCAUCUCGCCGACUUAUAUGAACUUGUACAAUAUGCGGGUAAUAUUGUGCCUCGUCUCUACCUGAUGAUUACCGUGGGAUCAGCCUACAUGAGUGUUCCCGACGCUCCCAUUCGAGAGAUUAUGCGCGACAUGAUGGAAAUGGCACGAGGCGUUCAACACCCGAUUCGCGGUCUCUUCCUCAGACACUAUCUCAGCGGUUUGACUCGCGAUUAUCUCCCUCUUGGUGAAGAAACAGGACCUCAGGGCAAUGUGUACGAGUCAAUUAGUUUUAUUCUCAGCAAUUUCACGGAAAUGAAUAAGCUUUGGGUUCGACUUCAGCAUCAGGGUCAUUCUCGCGAUCGGGAGAAACGCGAAGCUGAGCGCAAAGAAUUGCGUAUCCUGGUCGGCACCAACCUCGUGAGACUCAGUCAGUUGGACGGAGUGGAUCUCCCAAUGUAUCAAAAGCAUAUUUUGCCCGGUAUCCUGGACCAAGUUGUCAGCUGUCGAGAUGUGAUUGCUCAAGAAUACUUGAUGGAAGUGAUUACUCAGGUAUUCCCUGAUGAAUUCCAUUUACGUACGCUUCAACCUUUCUUGUCCGCCACCGCGCAACUGCACUCGGAGGUCAAUGUGAAACAGAUCAUCAUUUCCCUUAUUGAUCGUCUCGCUGCUUAUGCGUCGCGCGAAGCCGAAACCGAAGAAUCAGUGGAGGUCAUCCCCUCGGAACCGAAAGCAGAGCCAACAGAAGAAGGCGAACUUGGUGAAACAAAGGCCGACGACACUUCCAAGGAAAAUGAAGAGGAGGCUAACGAAGAGGAAGUCGAGGCCCAGCUUGAUAAAGAGGAAAAGGAAGAUGAAAAAGAGGAACAAGAAGCGGAAGAAAUCAAGGAAGAAGCUGGCGAAACGGCCGAAAAAGACGAAGCGCCCAAAGUUCCUCAAAAGGAGACUCGAGAAACCACGACUGUACGAAAGAUCCGUGGUAUCCCAGAGGAUGUUGAGCUGUUUGUCGUUUUCUGGGGUCAAAUUGUCGAAUUAGUAAAGGCACGUCCUGAUUUGACGAUUCAAGAUUUGACGGCUCUGUUGGUGUCGUUGGUGAAUCUUUCGUUGUCGUGUUAUCCCGAGAAGCUCGACUACGUCGAUCAGAUCAUGGCUUAUGCCCGCGAUAAGACGCUUGAAUACGCCGAGUCUCCUGAUCUUCAUACCAAGACGACGGAAAGCAACCUCUUAGCCUUGUUGCAAGCACCGAUCACACAUUACGCUUCGGUUUUGACCCUGCUCUCCCUGAAUCACUAUCACCCAUUAUUGACAUUGCAGCCUUACAAUACGCGCCGUGCCGUAGCCCAUGCCAUUGUUCUGAGUAUCCUCAAGAAUCAGACGGUGAUUUCCACCCCGGAAGAUGUGCAUGGCAUUUUGGAUCUGUGUGAGGUCUUGAUCCGCGAUCAAAAAGAUACGCCUCCCAGCGCCAGUACGGCAUUUGACAGCGGUCGUGGAAGAGCCGACUUUUUGAAUCUCGAAAAAGAAGAGUACGCAGAGGAGCAAGGGUGGAUGGCCAAGGUCGUCCACUUGUUCAAAUCCGACGAUGAAGAUACACAGUUCCUUCUGCUGUCAGCGGCCAGAAAACAAUUUACCGAUGGUGAUCAACGUAUUCGAUACACAUUCCCUUCGUUGAUUGUGGAAGCGGUGAAACUUGCCCGACGAUACAAGGUGCAAGAAGAAAAGGAUGAAGUGUGGGAAAAGAAGACAUCGACUCUCUUCCGAUUCAUUCACCAGGUGAUUUCGACACUGCAUCGACGAUGCGAAUAUGCCGAAAUUUGCUUGCAUUUGUUCUUACUAGCUGGCCAAAGUGCGGAUGAAUGUGGUUUUGAAGAAAUCGCUUACGAAUUCUUUGUGGAAGCAUUCACCAUCUACGAGGAAUCCAUCAGUGAAUCCAAAGCCCAAUUCCAAGCUAUCUCGUGUAUUGUCGGAUCGCUCCAGCAAACUCGCGUGUUCUCUGCCAACAACUACGACACACUGAUCACCAAAGCAGCAUUGCACAGCUCCAAGCUGAUGAAGAAACCGGACCAGUGUCGUGCCGUGUACAUGUCGUCGCACUUGUGGUGGGCGACCGAGGCGUCAGGCGAAGCGUUUUCCGAGGAAGACAAGGAAUUGUUCAGAGACGGUAAAAAGGCCCUCGAAUGCUUGCAGAAAGCAUUAAAGAUCGCUGACAGUUGCAUGGAUGCCGUGACAAACGUUGAGCUAUUUGUUGAAAUUCUCAAUCGCUAUAUUUACUACUUUGAAAAGGGCAAUGAGGCGGUGACGGUGAAAUAUCUGAACGGCCUCAUUGAUCUGAUCAAUACCAAUCUCAGCAAUAUGGAUGAUCCUGAUCAGCACCCCAUUACUUCCAGCUCCUCAUCUCUGAUUGAUCAUCACGAAGAAGUCCCUGAUUAUGUUCGUCGUCAUUUCCGCGACACCAUUCUCUAUCUUCAGCGACGAAGGGAAGAGCACAGUACAAAAUAUCAGGAAGUGGAUCUGAGCGAUGUGCUAUAGAAGCCUUUCCUUUUUUGAUUUCGGCUGAUGUAAAAUAAAU